AUGCUGUUCUGUAGCUCGCGAGCACUCACCUUGAUUUAUCCAAGUUGUGAAUAUUUCCAGGCCAAUCCCGUGGAUCACUGUUCGGACGCGUUAAGUGAAGCGCAAUGCAGAAUGGUGGAGGCACCGAAUGCAAUAAAAGACGGAGAGGGUUGCGCGUGGCUGGAUCCAGCCGAUAAGGCAGAUGCGGAAGCCAAUCCCGUGGAUCACUGUACGGACGCGCUGAGUGAAGCGCAAUGCAGAAUGGUGGAGGCACCGAAUGCGAUAAAAGACGGAGAGGGUUGCGCGUGGCUGGAUCCAGCCGAUAAGGCAGACGCGGAACUUGAAGAAUUUUCAGGAAUUAUCUAUGUUGGACCACGACCCCUUCCUCCACGUUACUAUGGACCACCCCCUCCACCACCACCCCCACCAGGAGCUGUACCACCUCCUCCACCUCCACCACCACCACCACCACCAGCACCACGCUAUUACGGCCCGGUAUUACGACCACGCUAUUAUGGCUGA